AUUGUAGUAGUUUUGUUAUAGCUCCACGAUGAGGGUCAGUAUAAGUGAGCGGGUUAGUAUGUGUGAACCAAACACUCCCGAACCAUCAUCCUUCCAAAAGUUGUGUACAUUUGUGUUGAUAAACUUGUCCCUGUUUGUGUCCUAUGCUCUUUAUACCUUACCCGGAGCCUUCCUCCCCAUCUACAACAUGGACAGAGGCAUUGGAGCUGCCAGCACUGGAAUUAUUCUGGCAUGUGUACCUCUGUGUUACAUCAUAGUGUGUCCUAUUGCUGGCAAACUUCUGGACAAAUACAGUGCUAAAACUAUGCUCCUCAUAUCAACAGGUAUGUUAGCGGUGGUGACGUUUCUCAGUGCUGCCCUAGGUCACGUGACAUCUAACACGUGGUUUAUUUGUCUUAUAGUCCUCCUUAGACUCAUUCAGGGAGCCAAUGGUGGAGUAAUAGACGUGAUAGCAUUUGCUAUAACUGCGAAGAUCUACCCUAACAACAUAGCACUCACCACAUCUAUCAUAGAAACCUCCCUCAAUCUGGCUGUUGCUUUUUCUCCUUUCCUUGGAGGAGUUUUCUACGAGGCAGGGGGUUUUUACCUGUCUUUCGUCGUGACAGCAUGUGCAGUAACUGUGGUUCUGAUCGGAACCUUCUUUGGGGUUACUAAUGUGGAUACUACAAAGGAUGAGGAUGGGGGGAACCUGUUUAGUGUACUGAAGGAAGUGACAGUUUGGUUCCCAGCCUGGCACUCAGCGGCUUGUAUGAUCCUAUUUAACUUUUAUAUUCCGAUCCUCUCUCCUUACGUACAGGAAACGUUUAACGCAGGACCCACAUUUGCUGGCUUUGCUCUCCUAAUCAACACCGCUGGUAUCUGCAUCACAGCCCCCGUCCUAGGCCACCUUAUGGACAAACUCAACCCCUACGUCUUCAUGGCUGCUUCUGCAUUCCUUCUCCCUGUUUCCUAUUGGUUCCUAGGUCCCGCUCCUUUUAUGGCCGGUGUAUUAACGGCAUCCAAAACACAAUUACUUGUAGCUCUGGGUGUUAUUGGUGUUUUGGUUCCCCUCGGAUGUUAUCCUGGACUUCUCAUAAUGUUCGACAUAUACACGGUUAAGUUUGGGAAAAUGCCUCAAGCUGUGAAGAACUACAUCACCUCUAUUUACUGCGCUUCCUUCCCUCUGGGAGGCUGCAUUGGAUCUGCUAUGUCCGGAGUUAUAGCAGAGAGAUUGAGUUUUGGUCUCUCAACCACCUACAUAUCCUUUGCAUUCCUCGUCCAGACAGUCCUGGUGAUCUGGUGGUGUAUAGUUGUGUGGAGAGUGAAGAGAGAAGCUAAGAGAGCUAAACUCAGCUUCUCUGAAUCCAAUCCUCUUAUAGACAACGGCGAAGUACGAAAUUACGGUAACUGAUGUGUUACAGAUCUGUGUGUGUUACAGAACUGUGUGUGUUACAGAACUAUGUUACAGAACUGUGUGUGUUGAUAGUAUGAAACGAAAAUUGCAAUUUAUUAUUAUCUUUUGCAC